AGGACGGCGCAUAACCUCAAUGUUCUACGGUCAAUAGAUUCUAGAAUUGGAUACGAUAUUCUUAUCUUGGAUUCUUACAUAAUCUAAGGUCUGAGAUAACCGCUAUCUACACUAUGAGACAGCGCUGGAGAACAAACUAGCUGCAUGGUAUAAUCUAUUGGUAUUACAGCGUAUAAACAACGAUGGAGAGUCAGGACUGGACAAAACAGGACCUGGCGGAACGAGAAGCAGUGACAGGCAACGUCAUACAGACUCGGACACAGACUGAACAAACAUUGAUGUCAAGAAAGAAGAAGCGAUAGUGAUAUCUCUACUGGGGAUAACAAUCAGACCUACAGUUAUGGCUGGAACGAUGUUUUUGGGAACUCUGGUCAACGGGCUGGCCCGGCCCCAGAUUCCUGAAUCACCGUGUCCUCAAGUGUUUCAAUACCAGAGUCACACUGUUCCUGGUGAUUCGGGCAUCACGGUGACUGGGCUCAUCACUGUCAUAUCUCCACCUAUCGGGACUAUGCUCUAUCUUCUUGUUCACUUGCAGCUACAGGCUGUUUUACCGUCGAAAUAUGUGGGUCUAGUAGAGGUUGCUGACAAAUCCAACCUCACAGCUGGCAACCUAUCAUCUGCUCUGAUGUACAGAGUCAGGUUUCCUCUGGUAACCCCUCUACCAACGGUACGUCACAUCUCCAUCAACUCCCAAGUCAUAUGCACUGGGCCUCAAGUGAGAGGACCAGUGGUAACUGAUAUCCGACUGGAGCACACCCUACGUCAAGUGCCUACUACAGUUCAACCGCCCAUGAAGCACAAACCGAACAUAUUUCAUCACAUUGACCCAGGAGGGGAGUGCGGGAUAGCAGUGACUGCCAACCCACUGGUGUUAGGAGGACGUCUCAUCAAGAGAGGGGAGUGGCCGUGGCUCGCUGCGGUCUUCGUGGUGAACUCACUCGGCCUAGAGUUCCACUGCAGUGGCAGCAUUAUCACUCGCAGUUAUAUACUUACAGUGGGCCAUUGUAUACGCGAUGAAGAUACUGUUACCAAGAAACCCUCAGAAGUUGUUGUGUACCUUGGGAAAUUCAAUCUGCAACAAUGGGAGGAGCCCCACUCUGUCAUCAAACAGGUGAGUGAAAUACACAUCCAUCCAGACUUUGAUCCCACCAAGUACACAGCGGACGUAGCAUUGCUGCAGCUAAAAACCUUGAUAGAUUAUAGCAUGUUCAUCCAGCCCGUAUGUCUGUGGAGCGAGCCUCCCCAGCUUGAUCUGAUCGUUGGACGCGUAGGCACUGUUGUAGGCUGGGGCAAAGACAACCUCGGCAACAAGAUGUCUCCGACUCCAAGGCUCCUGGAGAUACCGAUAGUUUCCACAGAAGAAUGCGUGGGUAGCCAUUCAGAGUUCUUCUUCCUGACCUCUUCAACAACACUCUGUGCUGGAGCCAAGGAUGGUGUGGGGCCCUGCAAUGGAGACAGUGGAGGAGGACUGAUGCUGCCCGUCAAGGACAGCCUAAAUGUCACAAGAUGGCAACUGCGGGGUCUGGUCACAUCCAUUUUCAGGACACCAUCAGUCUAGACUUCUGAACUUGGA